ACAGGCUUUGGACGCCCUGAACAAGAAGGAUAUCACUGAAGUCAAGUCUUAUGCGAAACCUCCAUAUAAGGUCGAAAUGGUGUUGGAGGCUGUACUCAUAUUGCUGCAGAAAGAGCCAACUUGGGCUGAAGCGAAGCGUCAGCUCGGAGACCAGUACUUCCUGGACCGUCUACGAGAAUUUGACAAGGAUAACAUAUCAGAUAAGACGCUGAAGAAAGUUGGCACAUACACUGUCAAACCGGACUUUGAUCCUGAGAUAGUGGGGACAGUGUCGGCUGCGGCUAAAUCUCUGUGUCUCUGGGUGCGAGCCAUCGAAAAAUAUGGCAAGAUCUACAAGUGA